AUGACAGAUUACGCCACAACCGACAAUAACAAGAACAACAUUAUAACCAGCUAUAACCCAUCGAACUGGACUAUACAACUUAGGCCAAAGCCUAAGCGCUGGGAAUCACGACGUCAUUCAGCUGACAGUUUGAUUCCUACUCGGAAACGAUUCGCAAACAACACGACAACCUCUCGAAAACGACCAGAGAGACAUUGGACUUCAACAUCACGAAAUGAGAUCCCUGAUGAUGCUGCUAUCUCUUCCUCCUCCUCAUCCUUCUCUCCUUCCUCCUCCUCAUCCUUCUCUUCCUCCUUCUCUUCCUCCUACUCCUCCUCCUCCUCCUCCUCCUCCUUCUCCUCCUCCUCCUCUCACCUCUUCAACCGAUAG